GCUGCCAGAGAAAGUUUUGGGGAGGGGUGGAUAUUUUUUUCUUCCCCCAGUGCGAGGAAAGGGGGUUUGGUUUUGGGUUUGUUUUGUUUGCGCCGCUCCGCUCCUCGCCCGCUCGCUUUCUUCGCCUGGCCGUGGGUUCUGAGGACUUUUUAAUUUUCGGGGCUAUUUUUUUUUCUCUUUUUAUUUCGUCAUUUUUUGGUGGUUGGCUCUCCCUCCUCGCCCCUCCGGGAAGUGCUCCACCAGCCGCCUCUCGCCCCGCCAUCCCUCCCCAUGCGCCCGGGGCCGCAGGAAGCUCCGCGGAGCGCACCCGGGAGCUGAGCUGCGGAGCGGCGCGUCCCUUCCUCGGGCAGGAUGUACACGGCCGGGCUGGCUCCUUUCUACGCCUCCAACUUCAGCUUGUGGUCAGCGGCGUAUUGCUCCGCAUCGGGGCCGGCGGCCGGCGGCUGCUUCCCGCUGGACGCGGCGGCGGCCAAGAAGCCGUCCUUCUGCAUCGCCGACAUCCUCCACGCCGGCGGCGAGGCGGCGGCAGGAGCUGCCGACAGCCUGCCCGGAGGGCCGGGCGGCGCGGUGCCGGCCGCGCUGGGAGCCGUGCACCACGGCGCUCCCUUCCACGCCGCGGCCUCUCCGCUCCGGCCCACGCCCGUCGUGGCCCCCGACGCCCCCGCCGCCGCCUUCCCGCCGCGCCUCUCGCCGCUCUCGGCCGCCUUCCACCCGCAGCACCACCGCGCCCCGCAGCACCGCUCCCCCGCGGCCGCGGGAGGCGGAGGAGCCCCGGCCCCCGCCCGGCACGGCUCGGCGCCGGCGCCCGCCAGCAAGGACCUGAAAUUCGGCAUCGACCGCAUUUUAUCGGCGGAGUUUGACCCCAAAGUCAAGGAAGGCAACACGCUGAGAGAUCUGACCUCCUUAUUAACUACGAGCCGCCAAACUGGGGUUCAUCUCCCCAACUUGCAGCCUUCCACCGGCCAGUUCUUCGCGUCUCUAGACCCCAUUAACGAGGCCUCUGCCAUCCUGGGUCCCUUAAACACAAACCCAAGGAGCUCAGUGCAGCACCAGUUUCAAGACACUUUUCCAGGUCCGUACGCAGUUCUAACCAAGGACACGCUGCCUCAGACGUACAAGAGGAAACGCUCCUGGUCCAGGGCUGUUUUUUCCAACCUGCAGAGGAAAGGUUUAGAAAAACGGUUCGAAAUCCAGAAGUAUGUCACCAAACCGGACAGGAAGCAACUGGCGGCGAUGCUGGGGCUGACAGAUGCUCAAGUGAAGGUGUGGUUCCAGAACCGGCGGAUGAAGUGGCGGCACUCCAAGGAAGCUCAGGCCCAGAAGGACAAGGAGCCGCCGCCGGAGCCGGAGCCGGCGGCCCAGCGAGCCGGCGCACCGCCCGCAGCCCCCGGGGAGCCCCAGCGCAGCCCCAGCGGCUCCGACGGCGACAGCGACAGCAGCGACGCCGAGUCCCUGGACAUGGCCCCCAGCGACACGGAACGGACUGAGGGCGCCGAGCGGAGCCUGCCCGCGGCCGGGCUGGACAAAUCCCCCGGCAGCCCCGGCCUGCCCUCCCCGCCGCCCGCCGCCGCCAGCCCCGAGCCGCGGGGCGGCCUAUAGUGGGGACGGCCCGGGACUGUGCGCUAAUUUAUCUCCCUUCCCUGCCCGGGAGCGCGGCAAGGCCGGCCCGGCACCGGCACCGGCACCGGGGCGAGCGGCCGAGGACUCAGGCGGAGCGAGGAGCCCCGGUCCGGGGCGGCCGAGCCUUUCCCUCAGAGCUGCUCGCAGGAGACCGGGGGAUUUAUUUUUUUUCUUUUUCUUUUUCCUUUUUAAUUUUAUUUUUUAUUUUAAUUCUCCGUUUCCCGCCCCUCGUUCUCUCCGAGGAAAAUCCGAGCAAGGGACUGCGAGGAUGCUCUCUGAAAUCCCCACCUUUCCCCGCCCUCCCCCCCAACCAAUUUACAAUGUGAAGUAUUUUGCCAACGUCCUCAUUGGUUGCAACUUGUUGCUUCGAAUAAUCCGGCCAAGAAAUACUGCACUGACAAAAUAUAUAAAUAUAUAUAUAUAUAUAACUCCUGUAAAUAAAAUGUUUGCUAUGGUUUGUA